AUGGCUGCUUUAAUCAAACAGGAAAAAGAAGUUCUUAAAGUUAAAUCCGACUUAAAGCAGGCUAUCCUUGAUCUCAGAAAAAUACUAAAAUCUGAUGAUACUACCAUUAUCUCUACGUACCAUUCCCAGAAUGCUGAAUUCAGAAGGUAUUCUAUUUGUUUGACCAAAACGCCAGUUAUGGACCCCCGAUACUGUGCCCAAGACAUCCUCCUCUGUGACCUCUGUCAAAAAGUUGCAUUACAGAGUCAUUGUGAACUUUGUCAGAUUAACCUAUCAUUAUCUAUUACAACAGAAGAACAUGGCUACACAAUAAGGACAUCAGAAUCUGCAUCCUGUCCUCCGGUCAAACCACUUCUUGAUGUACCAGAGCUCAUCACCACCAUAGACACUGGGUAUAUGUCCAAUGUUACCAAUCUCAAUGAUAAAGAAAUCUGGACUUGCGGAAAAGACAAAAUCAUUAAACUUUACAAUCUUCAGGGGGAAUACAUCAGUGAGAACAGGAACCUGGAUAUCUGUGUGGCUGACUCUGACGCCCAUGCAGUAGUGGUCGUUAAUCAGGCAGGUAAACUCCGAUUUCGAUAUACAGGUCUGCCCUCUAAUAAAAAAGAAUCAUUCUGUCCACGUGGCAUCACAACAGACAGCCAGAGUCAGAUCCUGACAGCAGACACAUACAACCACUGUAUCCACAUUCUAGAUCAGGAUGGACAAUUCCUCUCUUACAUUGAUAACUGUUUCUUACAACGUCCAUGGGGACUAUGUGUAGACUCCAAAGACAACCUCUUUGUAGCUGAGCGUGACAGUGGGAAAGUGAAGAAAAUCAAAUACAUGUAAAAGAUC